CGCGUCGAAAUCGAAACGGGAGGCGGCGGGAGGGGGCCAUCAUGGGGAACGAAGCGAGCCUCGAAGGCGGCGAAGGGGUGCUUGCUGGAUUACCGGAGGGGCUCGCACCGGACGGGAAAGGAGGCUUCAUUCGGACCUCCACGGGGGCACAGGUGGACCUGAGCCAACUCAGCGAGGAUGACAGAAAGCAACUCGCCGCGGCUAUGUCAAGGGCGCAAGCCAACAAGCCCGGGGGCGCGCCCGCUCGAAGGCCCUCGGAGGCAGAUGUUCAGCAGCGGCCCCAGCAGCCAGGAGUUGGACCCUCUGUUCGGCUUAGCAAGAGUCGCACCGUAGACGCGUUUGGAGAGGGCCCCACUGGCAGGCCGGCCCCUGGCCGCAGUCCCUCAUCCCUCAGCCUCUUAGAGUCCCGAUUCAGGCAGGAGCCUAAGGACCCGGAGAAGAAAACAGGCAUGUUUGGCUCCAGCUUCCUGAGUGGGGCCAACCCGCUUAACGCUGUCUCGUCCAUGACCUCCCAGGUGUCCUCUGGAAUGUCUUCAAUGUCCUCCGAGGUCACCUCCAUGGGCUCCGGGGUCAACAUGCCCUCAUUUGGCCUGUUUGACAAGGAAGAAAAGCCUGGAGAGAAGCCCCAAGGUGGGCCCCCAGGGCCAGGCAGCAAGGGCCCCCAGCAGGGGGGGCCAAGACCCCCUGGCCCCGGACAAGGGCCCAGACCCCCUGGGCAGCAAGGGCCCAGACCCACUGGUCAAGGACCCCUUGGGCAGCAAGGGCCCAGAACCCCUGGCCCCGGACAAGGGCCCAGACCCCCUGGGCAGCAAGGGCCCAGACCCACUGGUCAAGGACCCCCUGGGCAGCAAGGGCCCAGAACCCCUGGCCCCGGACAAGGGCCCAGACCCCCCGGGCAGCAAGGGCCCAGACCACCUGGUCAAGGACCCCCUGGCCAGCAAGGACCCAGACCAACUGUAUCCGGACAAGAGCCCCCUGGGCAGCAAGGGCCCAGGCCACCUGGUCAAGUCCCCCCUGGGCAGCAAGGACCUAGACCCCCUGGCCCCGGUCAAGGACCCCCUGGCCCUGGUGCACAGCCAGGCGGGCCAGCUAAAGCAAGGGGUCCCCCUGGUCCACAAGGCCCUGGUAAACCACCUGGAGGUGGGCUGUGUCCGCUGUGCAAGAGUACCCAGCUCAACGUGGGCUCCAAGGAGCUGCCCAACUUCAGCAACUGUACCAUGUGUAAGAACCAGGUGUGCAGCCUAUGUGGAUUCAGCCCCCCAGACUCGGAGGGUAAAGAGUGGCUGUGUCUCAACUGCCAGAUGCAGAGGGCUAUGGGGGGUAUGGAUGACCCUCCUAUGAUGGGCAAGGGCUCUGCCCCUCCUUCACCCUCAAGGAAAGACCCUGGCAAAGAUGGCAAGAAGCCCAAUCUACUGAUUAAGCAGCAGAGCAUCUCCGACAGAGGCUUAACCCCUCCAACCACACCCAAACAGAAAUCCCCCGGCCCAUCUUCCCCGAAAGGCAGCCCCCAGCCCUCACCGGCCAAAGGUAAACAGGAGUCCAGCUUCUUCGGGGGCCUGGGGGGCAUCAGCCUAGGGGGGCUCACCGAUGUGGCCAAGCCUCCAGCCGCUGCCUCCCAGGCGGCCGAGUCCAUUACGGGAACAAUGUUCAGUGGCUUUGGUGGGUUCACUGGAUCAGCCAAACCUGAUCGGGCCAAAGCCGCUGCUGGUACCCAAAAAACAGCAGAGUCGGUGACGGGAAAGAUGUUCAGCGGGUUCGGUGGUUUUACUGAGACAGCCAAGCCCCCGGCGGCUGCCUCCCAGAUGUUUGGCUUUGGCUCGUCUAUCUUGAGCUCGGCCACCAACCUCAUGACCACGGACUCUGUGGACUCUGUGGAUGAGAAAGCUGGUUCUCCUGCCGAUUCUCCUGCCGGCUCUCCCCCAGACUCCCCCUUUUCUGUCCCCGGUUCUCCCCUCGGUUCUCCCCCGGACUCUCCCUUCUCCGCUCCCGGGUCCCCCCCCGACUCAGACAGCCCUGACACCCCACCUGCCUCCAAGAAGGCCCCCAAACGUGCCAUCUCCCUGCGGAAGGACCAAAAGUCCAUAGAAGCAGAUUCCUCUGUGGAGCCUCUGAAAGCGGAGGAGCCGCUUACUACGGCCACAGGCUCGGGGGCCCAGGAAAACUGCCCUCUGUGUAAGGUGGAGCUGAACGUUGGAUCAGCAGACCCCCCUAACUACAGCAACUGCACUGAGUGCAAGAAGAGUGUGUGCAACCUGUGUGGCUUCAACCCCACACCUCAUCUUGGUGAGAAAGAAUGGUUAUGUCUCAACUGCCAGACCCAAAGAGCUCUCUCUGGCCAGCUGGGCGAUACGCCCCCUCCACCAUCUCCUGUGAAGAAGCAACUACCCACACCUACCCCUACCCCUCCUGCCUCCCCUGCCAAAGUCCCUGACUCCCCAGCUGCUGCUGCCUCUCCAUUAACGGGAAGCCCCUCAGUCACUCAGGUAGAGGCAGCAGCAGCAAAGGAAGACACCCAGCCGCUUCCCAUGUCCAAGGUAGUAGCAGAACGCAUUCCGCCCCAAACACCAGACGCUGCGUCUGCAAACACAGACACCACACCCAUCCCACCUGAGCAUGCCACCCCUCCCUCUGAUAGUGUCCCAGAGGAGAAAGAACCAGAGCAGGCUGAAACGCCUGAGACUAUACUGGAUGAGCCUGUGACAGAGAGUGUAGUGGAGAGUACUGUUGAGGCUCCGGCAGUGGAGAAAGACCCAGAGCAGGCUGAAGCGAUGGAAGCUAUAUCUGAGACUAUACUGGAUGAGCCUGUGACAGAGAGUGUAGUGGAGAGUGCUGUUGAGGCUCCGGCAGUGGAGAAAGACCCAGAGCAGGCUGAAGCGAUGGAAGCUAUAUCUGAGACUAUGUUGGAUGAGCCUGUGCCAGAGAGUGUAGUGGAGAGUGCUGUUGAGGCCCCGGCAGUGGAUCAUCCAGAGAGUAUGCCAGAGAAAGUUACAGAAGAACAGUCACCACCCGACACUACUCAGGCAGAAUCAGAUUUCCAGCCUGCAGUUGUAGAGGAGCCUGUCAUUGCUCCCCCUGUAGAGAAUAAGUCAGAAAAGCCUGUUGAGGCAGCACCCGAGCCAACUCCAAGCCCAGAUAAAGUGCAGAGUGAAUCUACACCAGAGAUCUCGCCGGCUCCCUCUGCAGGUAGUGAGAAAGAGGAGCCCAUCCUAGAGAAGGUUCUUGAAGAGGAAGCUAAGCCGGUAGAGCCAGAGCUGAUUCCAACACCUGAAACGGUCACACAGGAAACUACUGUCCAACCUGACCAAUCACCAGAGCCUGUACCGCCAGCUCCUGUAGUCACUGAGGAAGAAGGGAAAGCAGUGGUGAUUGAGGAAAAACCUAGCCAGCCACCUAAAGCUGAGGAGACAGCUCCUACACCUCCUGCAGUCACCAAGCAGGAGGAGAAACCUAAAGAGUCAGAGCCUCAAGCAACUACUGUUGAACAGCCUCCAACUGAGGUGUCUUCAGUACAUACAGGUCCAAUGGCAGAGAGUUCAGAUGUGGAGACUAAGAUGCCAGAGGUGGCUCCGGCUCCACCAGUUAAGGUUGUAGAGAAUUCGGCCUCAGCUCCCGAAGCCCCUAAUGAGCCGGUAGAGGAUUGUGCAUCUCCCAAACCAACAGAGCUAGAGCCUGUGCCUUCACAAAAAGAGGAGGUACCCCCUGCAGUAGAAGAAACUCCCCCUGUAGUUGCUGAGAAUGAACAGCCUAAAGAGGUAGAGACCGUUCCACAAACUGAGGCAGUUGAGUCUGUAGCCCCAUCUCCUCCUCUAGUUACUGCUAAAGUUGAGAAGGAGGAAGAGCCAAUACCGCCAGCCCACGUAGAGGAUAAACCUGUAGAGAAGGAGGAAGAGUCAAUUCAGCCAGCCCAAAAAGUACCAGAGGCUUCUCCUGCACCUCCUGCUGCUGAACCAGAAAAUGUUAGCCCUGAGAGAGAUUAUGAAAGGACAGAGUCAGAAACAGUGGUUGAACCCAGCCCAGAAGUCAAAGCCGAGGAGUCAGUUUCACCAUCUCCUUUUGAGAAAAAAGUCCCUGAACAGCUCCCAGAACCUGAACCACAAUCAGCUAAAGUUGAUCAGAUCCCACCUCAGGGGGCUGUAGAAGCUCCAGCACCAGUAGUAGAACAAAACACAAAUGAAACUGAAACGGAGGCUGGAGCAGAACUUGUAGGUCAGAAAGACGAAAUUCUGACAUCUGUGGAUACAAAGGUUGAACCAGAGCCAACGGCAGAUAAUAAGGCUGAAAAAACCCAGGAUGACUCUACUCCUCCAGCUUCUGAAGCUAAAGAGGAAGAAAAGGUCAAAGCAGAGCACUUAGCACGAGCUACAGAGGCAGCGUCACUAUCAUCUGCUGCUAGUGAGCCACAAGCCCCUGAGAACGUUUCUGAGGAGAAACCCACACAGGAAGGAAAAGAAGCUGCAAGCAUAGCUGAAAAUAAACAAGAGGUGUCUGUAGCUGAGAGUAGGGUGCCAACUUCUACUGUGUGUCAUGAGAAAGCAGUGCAAGAGAAAGAAUUAUCCAAAGAUGAAUCCAAGCAAACUCCAAAGACAGACUCUCUGUCUGAGAGCAUUCAGCCAGAGAAAGAGAAAGUGGUUGUGUCACCACCUGUAGUUAGUGAAAAGCAAGAACAUUUUUCAGUAUCAGAGGUGAAAGCUGUGAGUGACAGACAGGGCAGCGUAGAAGACAAAACAAUACCAGAGCAGACUAAAAUAUCUGAAACUGUAUCUGAAAAUGAGUCUAUUGCCCCAGCCCCUGUAGUAGAACCUGACACCCUAGUCCCUGUAGUUGGUGAACAGGACGAAGACAAACCCCUGAAUGAAGAGAAGAUAAUAGAGACUGAACUGGAUGCAGUUGGAGAGGCAACGCUGAAAGACCCUGGAGAAAAAAACACCAUCGCCAAGGAUAGCAGUCCUACCAGCCCCUCAGACCUUGCCAAGCUGGAGAGCACUGUCCUUCCCAUACUAGAGGCCCAGGCUACACAACCAAAGGAUAAUUCAGACAAACUGACCGACUCACUCAAGACCAGACGCAAACUUGAGGUGCUACCCCUCUCACCUGAAUCUCCCAGCACAGAGGAUGACCCAGCACUCUCAGAGAAGAAGGACACCUCAGCAAAGAAAAAGCUGCUGGUGCCGACAGACAUCAGGGGUGACUCGUUGGAGGACAGCAGUGAGAGCUUAGGGAAAGAGAGUCCCGUGUCAGGGGAUGACGAAGACUUCAUUCGUAAACAGAUCAUGGAGAUGAGUGAGAACGAGGAUGCUUCGCCGUCAGACGAAGAAAACCUUAUCCGGCGAAAGAUCCGAGAUCAUGAGAGGAAACGAAUGGAGCAGGAGAAAGGGGAGGGGAAGGAGAGAAGCGCAAUGGCAAAAGGCAGGCGGCUCCUCAAGAAGAAUACCAUUAGCCCUGAGGACGAAGAUGAGCGGCAAAUCUCACUGGAUAAACCUGACAAGGCAUGGAAAGAUGGAUCGAAACCCAAACUCUCAGACUCUCAGGAAGGGGAACAGCCUUCGGCCGAUAGAGUUGUGGCAGUACGCCAAUUCAGAACCAUCGAGCUCAACACGACUACCACCCCUGUGCGUAUACCGGGUACGUCAGAUGAUGGAGAGCUUGAGAUGGAAAGCCUCACCAACUCCCCUGAUGAUCGCUCCAGGGGCGAUGGGUCCUCCAGCCUGCAUGCAUCCAGCUUCACCCCUGGGACAUCGCCUACAUCCCUAUCGUCUUUGGAUGAGGACAGUGACAGCAGUAGUCCCAGCCGCAUGCACAGUGGCGAGGGGAAACAGCACAGGAAAGCGAAGCAUAGACAACAAGGCCAAAGUCUACCCACCAUCGAAGACUCUUCUGAGGAAGAGGAGUUACGAGAGGAGGAGGAGCUGUUAAGAGAACAGGAGAAGCAGAAAGGCUCUGGGAAGAAGUCGAAGAAGGACAAAGAGGAGAUCCGAGCUCAGAGGAGGCGGGAGCGUCCCAAAACACCGCCUAGCAACCUCUCUCCCAUUGAAGAUGCCUCUCCAACAGAAGAGCUGAGGCAAGAGGCAGAGAUGGAGGAGUUCAGGCGAUCAUCCUUAUCCGAUUUCUCUCCCAGCAUCGAGUCAGAACCAGAGGGAGUUGAGAUCAAUGCCGCAAAGAUUGCAGCAGUACAAAAAGUAUAUCAACUUCCUACAUCUGUUUCUCUCCACUCUCCAACAGCUGAUCAAGGUGCUAAUAAAAGCCCUGAAAAACGAGCCCUGAAAACUGCAGACGAAGCCUACGAAGAUAUCAUGCUAAAGGCUAAAACACCCACAAAGGAAAAGGUGGACAUCCCUCCGGGGAAAGAGUCCCUCUAUGGUGGGAUGCUGAUAGAAGAUUAUGCCUAUGAGUCUCUUGUUGAUGGAUAUGGAAAGAAAGUCCAGCAGCAGGAGCCUGAGAAAAUCUCAGUGCCAGCUCAGCCCAAAAUACUGAGAUCUCCAGAUGAGGUUUACGAAGACAUGAUGGAGAAGAAGAAAGAAUUCAUGCAGCUGGAGCAGGAACUGAAAAAAGCACAGUUCGUGUCAGAUAGACCCACACCAGAGAUUGUAUUGCAACCCACUGAGCCAACCAGAUCCACGAGUGUUACAAUUACUAUAGGUAAGGAUGGGAAACCACUGCUCGAUGCUGAGGCUACGUAUGAGGAACUCAUGAAGAAAGUUCUGACUCCUGGGACAAGCCCGACACAGCAGGGUCCUGAUAUAUCUGGGGCAGCCCCUGGUGGUGAGUUCGAAGGUACUGAAUCCAGAAGGGCUCUGCGUCCCAUACCAGACCUGAGGGUUACACAGUGCUCCUCAGGGGAGGAGGACGCUGAUGAAGAGGCCACUGAGACCAAAAGUCAAGAUAAGCCAAAGACUUCAUCAGACAUUCCUAAAGCUGAUCAGGCACCCUUAACAGCUGCUGCAGAAACUGAAUCCAAAUCAGUUGCUUGCAAGGUCCCCCCAUCAACAACUUCAGACCAACCACAGACCCAAUAUGAAACUUCCCAGGCUGACCAGCCUCUGGACAUAACCCAACAGGAUGUCAUGGACUUGUCUAGUAUAAAGUCCUCAGCCCCUGCUGUUGCCAGUGUAUCGCCCUUACCCACCGUCCCUCAGUACACCCCCACUGUUCCCAGUGUAGUGUCGACCACCCCACCAGUUCCCCCAAAACCAGUCAUCCUGCACAGGGCUCUGUCUCAGGAAAAAGCAGACAUUCCUGAACCUCCUCCACUGCCCCCUCCCACGAUGCCAAAGCCAUCGGUUUACCCCAGGAAACCCCCUGUUCCGCUUCCAUCUCAGGCAAUAAUCAGGUCAGAACACGUUGCCAUGACAACAGCCCAAGGGUCGCCGGUAAGACAGCCUCAUAUCCCCCCACCGGUUCUUCCAAAGCCAGCAAUCCCUGCUGGAAUGGGGUACAGCCACAGGCCAGGGGAAAACGUCAAACCACCCCUUGCUCCAAAACCUGUCUCUCAGCCUGGCUCUCCUGCCCACAUCCAAUAUCCAAGACCCACUGCCCUCCACACAGGCCAUGCUGAUAUAGCCCUGAAUCUGAGCCCCUCAGCUGAAAGCAGGCCAGGUCACUUCUCAGGUCAUUCCUCGGGUCACUCCUCGGGUCACCCAUCCCCCACUUCUCCGCGAUAUGGCAAUCGACACGAAACUUAUGUGGUUAUAACUCUGCCAUCCCAGCCCAACUCUCCAGUGGAAGGGAUCACCACCCAGGCCCCAUCCAGUCCUGGUCCAGCAUCUCCUUCAAGACAUGCCCAACCUCCACCUCAACCUCAAACACAGUAUCAAUCACAACCUCAACCCCAGAAACAACCACAGCCACCUCCACCACACACAAAUAGGAUGCCCCUGGCAUUCACUCGCAUCACUGAGUCCAUGGAAAGUCAAGAGAUAUGUGGGCCAGAGAAAGUUGUGUCAAGCUCCUGUCAUGUCAUUGAGGCUAUUUCAGCAUCCGCUCCACCCCCAGAGGUCAGGUUAGGGCAGGUCACUCAGUUUGUGACGACAGAAGUUCAAAGAACCAUGGUGUCUGUCCGACACGAAAGGUCACCGCCCCCACCUCCAGCCCCAAGAGCGAACGGUGUUCCAAUCUCACUGGAGAAACCUAAACCACAACAGACACAGAGUCCACAGGGUUACCAGCCAGGGGAGGUAGUAGACCUUCGUACCAUGAAGGUGAAUUCGGAAUCGGCCAUGAAAGUGGUGGAUCUGUCUUCUUCAGAUGUUAGACGCCAGUCCUUGGCCACAGACAUCAGCGGUCGUCAGACAAGUGCGGUGCAGUCCCCAGUGGUAAAUCUCAGCACUGAGUCGACCAGUGUUUCCAUAGUGACUGACAGCAUCACUAUAGUUACAUGUGCUGCCACCAUACAAAGUUACGAAAAUACCAACAUAUCCCAAGUCCCUUCUCUGCCCCUCCAGCUUACAACCACAAACAAAGCCUUUGAGCCUGUUUGUCAGAUUAUCUAUCGGCCCAUAGAUGCACAGCCCACAACCAGCAACAAUGCUGAGAUCCCGAUUAACCUUUCUCUAGGACCUGGCACAGGCUUAGGGUCAUUCCAGCCACCUGUCACUAUCGCCCCUACCCCUGCCCCAGGGUGUGUGGCUAAUGGUCUGAGCAGCGGGAUGCCGACAGUAGCAGGUGCGGUGGACCUUAGCACAGCCAAACCCUUCAACACCGUGGUUUCGGUCGACGCUUCCUCCGCGGAAGUGGUCACGGCUGUGAUCACAGAGGAGGAUGGGAAACCCGUGGACCUGACGGCUGGGAGAAGAGCUGUCUGCUGUGAUGUUGUCUACAAGCUGCCAUUUACAGGUAGCUGCACCACCCAGCAGCCCACUACUCCAUUGCCCGAAGACCGCUUCGGUUACCGAGACGACCACUACCAAUAUGACCGCUCACCGUACAACAUGAGGGGCUUCGGUGGCAUCAAACCCUCCAUGUCCGACACCAAUCUGGCUGAGGCCGGGCUUUUCCUCUAUAAGAGCAAGAACAGUUACAAUUUCCAUGGCACCACAGAGGGUGCAGUAGACCUGACAUCCUCCAAGACAUCUGAUGCAGGUGUAGCUUUGGACUUCUCCACCAAAGGCUCAGGGUUAUAUUCAGGAAUGAUAAUCCCCCCAUAUUCCCAAGCUAGAGUCAAAGGAGCUGUUGGGACACACUUUGGCACGAGCAGUGUCCUGAGAUCCUCCAAUGGGGUGGUGUACUCUUCAGUCUCAGUACCAAUCCCAUCCACCUACGCCAUCACCACACAACCUGGGUCCAUAUUCAGCACCACUUACAACUCCCUGUCGGCGGGCAUGCACACCAGCGACACCAUGCCAUCCCUGUCCACUCUCCAGAACCAGCCCAUGACUCGGUCCCACAGCUUCAUCUCCACCACCUCUGCAGACGAUCAAGGGGAUGUCCCCCUCAACCUGGAGCUUGCUAAAGAUGGCAUAUCCACCUCCGUGCCCCUCAGCACCAAAACAGUCACCCUGGCCCUGGAAAGGCUGGACUCGUACACGGACGCGUCCCUGGAGGCUAUUGCCGCCUCGCUGGAGGCCCUGUCCUCGCCCUGUGUGCCAGGGGAGGGCCAGUACCAGAUGCAGCGUGAGAUUCUGGAGAUGGAGAAGUUCAAACAGCAGCGGUUGGCUGAAGAACUGGAGUGGGAGCGUCAGGAGAUCCAGCGCUUCCGUGAGCAGGAACAGAUGCUGGUGCAGAAGGAGCUGGAGGAGCUGCAGUCCAUGAAGCAGGCCAUCCUGUGCCAGCAAGAGGAUGAGCGCCAGGCCCACCUCAUGAUGCAAAAGGAAACCUAUGCCCAGCAGCAGCAGCAGCUAGAGCAGAUCCAGAGGCUCCAGGAGCAGCUCCGAGCACAGCUGGAGGAGCAGAAGUUCCGGAAGAUGUACCCGGGGGAGGUGUUGCUGGGGCAUGGCCAGCAGGAGGCAGUCGUCCUGGGGCCGGACGGCACCGAGCUGGCCCGGAAAAUCAUGGAUAGUGGGUGUCAGACGGACGACGAGGACAGUGUUGUCGAUAAAGCCUACACGGCAGGGAGGAAGAAGAGAAGCACGGCCAAGAAGAGCGUAGACAGCUGCGUGCAGACGGACGAUGAGGACCAGGAGGAGUGGGAGCCUGCUCGGGCCAGACGUAGCAGGCCCCGCACGUCAAGGGGGGACAGAGGCGGACAGACUUCCGAUAUAUCCAUUCAGGCUCACUCUGAGAUCUCCAUACAGACGGACUCUGCAGGGAAUGUAAGAAUGGACACCAGGAUGGAGCUCUCCAACACGGAAAGUCCACAUUGGGAAGACAAGAGACGGCCCACGCCCUUGGAGAUAGAACAGUCUGGCCACCUCAGAGCUGACCCCUCCUCACUUCAGGCCCCGCCCAAAUCCCCCAAUGUUCUCUACUCCCCCAUAUCCCCUUGCAUAUCCCCAAGCAAAUCCCUUGAGUUUGUGUCCUAUGAGAAAUCACUGGGUGAUACAAGCCCACAGAGAAUAAGAGGGAGUACUGAUCCGACCAAAGUCUCUCCAACCGGCAGCCCCAAGGGACCUAAGGCCAUGCAGAGAUCCAUGUCCGACCCCAAGCCCAUGAGUCCAACUGGAGAGGAGAGGGCAUCAUCCAGUUUCCAGUAUGGCGACGGUUCCUCUGGCAAAAGCUCGUCGGGCAGCACCCCAACUGGCACCGGCAAGAAGGUGAAGAGGACCCUGCCCAACCCGCCCUCGGAGGAGGAGGCAACAGCCUCCGGCCAGACGGCCUACAGCACUGGUUCGGCCCGCCGUCGCAUGUGCCGCAACACCAACAUGGCGAGGGCCAAGAUCCUGCAGGAUAUCGACCGAGAGCUGGACAUGGUGGAGCGUGAGUCGUCCAAGCUCCGCCACAAGCAGGCGGAGCUGGACGAAGAAGAGAAGGAGAUCGACGCCAAGCUACGCUACCUGGAGAUGGGCAUCAACCGCAGGAAAGACGCCCUCCUCAAGGAGAGGGAGAAGAGGGAGCGGGCCUACCUGCAGAGUGUGGCCGAGGAUCGUGACUACAUGUCAGACAGCGAGGUCAGCAACAUCCGGGAGACACGGAGCGGCCGUGGCAGUGGAGAAGAUGAUGAGAUGGGAAGUCACGGGCUGGAGCGCCCCAGGACGGCACCCCAGUCAGAGCUGGAUGAUUUUGUGCCACCACAGACCACACACGAGGCCCAGUACGGCACGUACUCCCAGUACCAGUACCCACUGAGCCAGACGCUGUACCAGCAGCAGUCACUCUACCAGUCUCCCCAGUCCUACCAGUCUCAGUCCAUCUAUUCCUCAGUCCCAUCCCUGUCUAGCUCUCAGCAGCAGAGCUACCACCAGAUGCUCCUUCUCCAGCAGAAGGCAGCCAGGCAGGCGGCCCUGAUCCAAGAGUUGGACGCGUCGUCAAAGUACGAUAUCAUCAGCCGACAGCCCGACCCCGUGUCCUCUGCCUACAUGGGAGGGGUCAGGUACGACAAGUACGGUAACCACUUGGACCUCCGGGCCCUGGAGGUGGGGGGCAGUAUGGCUGGCAGCCCCAUGUCCAACGUGUCGGCUGACUCCUUCUAUGGAGACGUGGAGCACCACCACCACACUCCACGAAGCUACGUCCUCCUAGAAGAUGCGGCAGAGCUGGCCAAGAGCUCCACGAGUCUGGCUUCAUCCAGCUACGCCCAGGCCGAGAAGGAGCUGGCUAAGGCAGAAAGGCUGUUGCGAAGAAGUGCAGCCGACUUGACCUCCACCGACUACCUGGGCUCCAGCUCCAGGCUCCACUCCGGGUAUGGAAAGACCCCAGACGAUGAGGACUCCAUGGACGACCCCUACGAGCUGAAGCUCCUCAAGCAGCAGCUGAAGCAGGAGUUCCGGAGGAGCAUAGGGGGAACAGAGAGCCUGGACCCGCUAACGGGUCUCUCCCACAACUACUACGGCACCCCCAGCUCGGGUGUCUCCUCCUCCCAGAGUUACUCCCAAAGACACUACCCCAAGACGGAGAAAUACAGCAUCAGCCGGCUGACCCUAGAGAAGCAGGCAGCCAAGCAGCUCCCGGCAUCCAUGCUGUACCAGAAGCACAAAGCCCCGCUGACCGACCCCAAAGUCUCCAAGUAUUCCUCGAUGCAAGACAGCAGGAGUCUGGAGACAGACUAUACCAGCUAUUUAGGGUCCAGUAAUGUUAGCGCCUCUCCCAGAUCCAGCCGGCUCCUUCAGGACGAGAUCACCUUUGGACUACGCAAGAACAUUGCAGAGCAGCAGAAGUACCUGGGCUCCACGUUGGGUGCCAACCUGGCUGGCUCGCUCAACUUCGGCCAGAGCCUGGCCUUGGACUCGACUUCCUACCCCAGUGGCAGCCGGUCACGGCCCUCUUCUAGGCCCAACUCUGUCUAUGGCCUGGAUCUCUCACUCAAACGGGACCCAUCCAGUUCCUCUUUGAGGCUCAAGGGGGACGGCGAGGCAGCCUCAGACAGCUACCAGAUGCCAUCAGGACGUGCCAAGCCCACCAGCCUGCCCAUCGUGCAGGGCGGCCGGGGGCGCAUCCCCAUCUUGGCGCAGAACUCUGAGGAGGAGAGCCCGUUGAGUCCUGUGGGCCAGCCUAUGGGCAUGGCGCGGGCGUCGGCGGGGCCCCUGCCGCCCAUCUCGGCCGACUCACGGGACCAGUUUGGUUCGUGCCUCUCCCUGCAGGACUCCCAGCAGCAGCAGCACCUGAGGGAAGAGCCAACAAGGGGUCGGGGCUACGUCUUGAUGGACGACCUCCAGGGCACCAUGUCGGACGGCGAAGCCCUAAGUGACUCCAUGCUGGCACUGAACAGAGAUGAUCCCCGACAAUCACAUGAGAAUAUCCCAAACGCCUACCACCUACGGAGAGAGGAAACGGACUGGUUUGACAAACCACGCGAGGGACGACCAGAGAACGGACAAGGGUCGGACAGGAGACAGGGGAAGGGUGUUUACUACCCCUUUCCUCACACCAGAGUCAAACUGCAGAGGGAUCCCAAGGACCGCAGCGUGUCAGGGAAUGGAUUGGGUAUCAGAGUGGUGGGAGGUAAAGAGGUUCCAGGGACCAACGGACACAUCGGAGCCUACGUCGCUAAAGUCUUACCUGGAGGAGUUGCCCAACAGACUGGGAAGAUACUAGAGGGAAUGCAGGUGCUGGAGUGGAACGAGCUUCCUCUGACGGGGAAGACCUACGAGGAAGUGCAGGGGCUUGUGGUACAGCAGUGUGGCGAGGCAGAACUCUGCGUGAGAUUAGAUCUGAACAUGCUGGCUGACUCAGAGGGCUCUCAGCACCUUGAUCUCCCAGACCAGAGCAAACCAGGUGACAGACCCCCCAGGUCUCCGGGGGUGGAUCCAAAGCAACUGGCUGCAGAGCUACAGAAGGUGUCCCAGCAGCAGGCUCCUCCACCUACCACCGCUACGUCCUCCUCCUCCACGGUGGGGGGAGAGAAAGGACCCCACUCUGCCAUCUCAGGCGCCGCCUCGACCACUUCUAGCGCCAUCCAGAGUCCGGGACAGCCGGGGUCGCCCUCCGUCAGCAAGAAACGCCACAGCAGCAAGUCUGCGGAACCUGUGAAGACACAAUCCCACCCUGUUACUGGAGAGAUACAGCUUCAAAUCAACUAUGACAAGCAGCUGGGGAACCUGAUUGUUCACGUGCUCCAAGCCAGGAACCUGGCCCCCCGAGACAACAACGGCUACUCCGACCCCUUCGUCAAAGUCUACCUCCUGCCGGGGAGGGGUCAGGUCAUGGUUGUCCAGAAUGCCAGUGCUGAGAAUAAGAGGAGAUCAAAACAAGCUGGCCAGACUCUGAACCCAGAGUGGAACCAGACUGUUAUCUAUAAGAACAUCCACCUGGAACAGCUGAGGAAGAAGCUGCUGGAGGUGAGCGUGUGGGACUACGACAAGUGCUCCUCCAAUGACUUUCUGGGAGAGGUGUUGAUGGACCUGUCCAACACAGCUAACAUGGAUAACGUCCCACGCUGGCUCCCUCUGAAGGAACAGAGUGAGGGAGAGCACCACCGGCGCUCCCUUUCAGCACAGGGGCGCCAGCACUCCCCCAAGCCCCCCUCGCAGCACGCCUCCCCCAAAACCCCGGCCCACGGUAACCAGGACUCCCCCAAGCCCCCCUCGCAGCACGCCUCCCCCAAAACACCCGCCCACGGGAACCAGGACCCGCCCAAGUCGUCGGUCAUCAAGAGCCGGAGCCAUGGGAUCUUCCCUGAUCCAGCCAAGGACACGCAGGUGCCCACUAUUGAGAAAUCUCACAGUAGCCCCGGCACAUCGAAGCCUUCCCCAUCCGAGGGCCACAGCCAACAUACGCCACGCGCGGCUCCACGUGCGGCGCCUCGCAAAAGUGCAAGGCAACACCAGCAGGAUGGCGCCGGCGGUGUCGCUGUAGCAACGGGUGAAGCUCCGGCUCCGCAGCAACAGCAACGCCUCCAACCAAUCUCCUACCCCCCAGCCCAAAGAGGCCGCCUCUCCCUGAGGCACCACAGACACACCAUAGUGGGCGUGCUCACCAUUCAGAAAGCCCAAUCCGAUUCGCUCCUUGACCCGCCGGGCCCGGCAGCAUCGGCCACUGGGAGCCAAGCAGACGGCAGACACCUGACCUUCAGGAAAGCCAUGUCUGAAGAGAGGCCACAGAGAGAAGGAGCACGGCCCGGCAGGUCCGGCGACGCCCCAGUAACAGCCGCAUCAUUGGACAGCGGUCUGAGUGGCAGUGCUCACAGCCUAUUGGAGGAUGAGGGUGGGACUAAUGCCGUGGACAGUGCCAUCUUCCAGGUCCCUCGGUUUGGGAAGAUUCCAAAUGGCACUGACGUGAUGAUGUCACCAAUGGGCCAUAUGGACUCUGAGGGUAAGACCCAGGUAAUGGGAGAGAUCAAGAUAGCUCUGAGGAAGGAGCUGAAGACAGAGGGAGACCAGCUGGUGUUGGAGAUUCUCCAGUGCAGAAACAUCACUUAUAAGUUCAAGUCUCCAGACCACCUGCCAGACCUCUAUGUGAAGCUGUAUGUGGUGAACAUUGCAACCCAGAAGAGGAUCAUCAAGAAGAAGACCCGGGUAUGUCGUCACGACCGCGAGCCCUCCUUCAACGAGACCUUCAGAUUCUGCAUGAACCCCACCGGCCACUCUCUGCAGCUCUUCCUGGUGUCCAAUGGGGGGAAGUUCAUUAAGAAGACCCUGAUCGGAGAGGCCUACAUCUGGCUGGAUAAGGUGGACGUGCGGAAGCGAGUGGUCAGCUGGCACAAACUGCUGGCUAGCUCUGCUCAGAUCCACUCCUAAAUAACCUACUGUUAACCUUGUCUAUUCUAUAGGCUCUUAACUCGUAGAGAGAAAGGCGAGGAUGGCUAGGACGCUCGAGUUUACUGUCUCCAUCACUGAUCCACUCUUUAUAGACCUACUGGACAUACUCACAGGUCCACCAUUGGGGUCGGGCGAGGACCGUUAGGGUGCGGGAGUUAGACAUCUCUUACGUAUCCUGUGGAUCUUGAGUUUUGGUGUCAAGGGUCAGGGGUCAGCGUUUGAAUUGCUUGAGCUGUGACUGUGGAUUGGCUAGUGGGGAGGAAGUAGGUAUGUGUUUACAGGAAAUUAACUUGUGUUUACAGGAAGUAGUGUAGCCAGGGCAGGGAGGAGGACAUUGAGGCAACAACGCAAGAACAGAAUCAACCAGGUAUUACACACACAUUCACACACACAGUCAACAACACAUUCAAACACACCACAAAGAAAGAUGAUCGUAAGAGACUGACACAUAAAUACAGGGGACGGACAUGUUUAGAUUCUCUCAUUGCUUUAUUUGACUGGAGAUGUUUUUAUUUAUGAAUGAAAUUAUAACUACCUGUGGAUUCCCCUCAUGGCUUUGUAUAUUGUUAGAAUAAUUUAAUUAAUUUAUGAAGCAUUUUGGGAAUUAAAUGUUGAAGAUUUAUUAUAUGGAGAUUGCACCUCUUAUUUUUGUAUUAUAAUUAUGAUUAUUAGAGUUUUAUUGAUUAUUCUCCUCAAUUGUUUAAGUACUGAAUGAUGAAUGAAGAAUUUUUUAUCCAGGGACGCACAGUAUAUUUUGUGACAUACUCUCACUUUAAUUCUAAUUCUCGAUUUGAAAUGACUCCCUCAUCUGGCACAAGGUACAAAGCCCUUGGCAAGCAUGUUUUUACAUUUUGGGACCUUCUCUUCUCUUCUUUCUCUAGAUGUAAAUUUAGAUGCUGAUAUAUCAGAUAUAUUAUAUAAACAUUGUUCUAAGUAUAAUUGGUGUGGUUUUAACAGACUGGGUAGUCUUGUGCACAGGGUCAUGUUUAUUAGGCACCAAAUGGAAGAAAACAGACUGAAACAAGGAGGGACUACCUGGUGUUGUCCAGGAAGAAAUGCUCAUUUUAGUUUUCAGUUGCAAAAUGUUUUCUGCUGGGUGACCUAAUGAACGUGACAGUGAAAAGUUGCAUUGUUGCCUUUGAGGUUGACUUUGUAUAUAGUUGAGUACACUGUCGUUGUGAGAGAUAAAUAGAUAUAUUCUUAUCACAGACAAUCCGUUGUGGAUGAUUGUGGCUUAACAUAUUAUUUUUGGAAUGUGAACUAUUGGGCACAGGUUUUAGCUGUGAUUCAAGCCUGGUUUUCCUCCUAGUAAGAUACACAGUGAACUGCUAUGCGUAAGACUAGCAUAGUUCUGACUUCUCCUUACAUUCACACAUUUGAAAUAUCUCUUCACAUGCACACUUUCAUGUUUUACUUAUAGCACUUUGUCAAGUUAUCGAAUGUAUAGAUGAAUAUACAGUAUGUCCCCACUCGUAGAGAAAUAUAAUAUAUAUAAGUAUGUCAAAUGAAUAUAUUAAAUAAAUGAUGAUAAUGAUAGUAAUAUAAUAUAGUUGACCAUACUUGAGUACCCUCUUGGCCUGUGUAUAGUAAAGUGUGUCCCAUGAUUCAUAUAUCAGGGUCCCCUCCAAACAGUUGUCU